UUUGGCCACCAUCUUUCACAAUAUAACACAUCCCAAAAAACUGCGUGUGUGUGUUUUUAACACGAGAUAAAAGAAAAGAGUGUUCAAUAGUUUCAUACACACUCAUACAGCACCUUUAUUCAUUUCCCAGAACCCAAGGCUAUGCAUUCAAAAAGGACAAGUACACGAGACUUUCGAUAGAGAUCAGCUAGAGAAGGGCUGGAAAGGAAAAUAAUACAAAAAAGACUAGAGUUAGUAGACUUAAGGGAAGCAUUGUGACAAUCCCUUCCAAUAAUUUCAUGAAAGAGUUUUUUCAAAUUGUGAAAGACUCUGUUGUUGCACUUCAUCCACAAAUGCCAUAAAGUGGCUUCUAGUAAAUUACUCCAAAAGAUAUAUGACAGGCACGUCUUAUGGCCCAUGCUAUUUGUAGCUGUUUAUGAAUUUCAACUUAGAAGUCUAUCUCUGUUAUUCCUUUUUUUAGGUACCUGUAUAUAAAGGUGUAUAACAAAAAUUACAGAAUACUCAUAUACACACACACAAAAAAAAAAAGGCCAAAAAUGUUGUACUCUACUCAUUUCAAGAUUUCUUCCCGAGAGCGAUCCUUUUCGUGGAUGUAGGCAUCAUCUUGGUCUAGCCACGUGUAUCUUAUGUUCACUUUCUUCUUCUCCUUCAUCUUUGAUAUAUGCAUCUACUCUACUCAUAAAAACCAGAAAUCACCGUUACAAGAACGAGUGCUUGCAGAAAAAGAAAGAAAGAGACAAAUUGUAAAGGAACAUCCAAAAAGGUAUUUCAUUUUUCCUAUUCUUUGAUUUUUCCUUUUUCAUUCUCGUGAAGUGCAGGUGAAAGAGAAAGAGGAGAGUUGAUCUUCUACCACCAGCAACAAAGAGGGUGGCUUCUUCCCCACCUAGCUCUUCAUUAACCGGCUGUCUUCCAUUUAGUUUGGGCCUACAAGACCAAUAAAAAGACCAACACUGUUUAAUUCACUCAUAUUAUGGUUUAUCUCCCGAUAAUAGACUCUUUAUCAUUUAUGAUUUAUUAGUGGUAAAUCAAUAUUUUACAACAUAGACUAUCAAUAAUAGAAUUGGAUAGAUUUUGCUAUAUUUACAAAUUUUAAAAACAAGUUGAUAUAUGCUCUAUUUGUAACUAUCCUUAAUAAGUUUGAUAGUCUAUAAAAAUGCAUAGAGAGCGAGAAGGUCGGCACACACUCUUAUCAUUGUAGCAAUACACAGGUCAAACACAAGAACGAGAAGAAUAUUUGAAAUUUAGUAGCAAAAUCAAUAUUCUCCUUUUUAAUUUUGUAGCCUUUUAAUAUUCCCAUUACGGCCCAACUCAUGUAUCUUCAAUCCUUUCUUGCUUCUCCCUGUCCAAAAAUAUUCAUUUAUCAAACAAAAAAUCCACACAAAGUUCAGAAUAACAACGCAUGGCUUCAAUUGAAUGACCCUCUUGAAAAAUCUUUUGCCAGAAAAGGGUGCAUUCAUGCCUUGAAUUCUUCUUCAUCAUCCAAUAAGUGCAUCAUCUCCAAUUUGAAAAUUGAGGAGUUUGGGGUUGAAACUCCAGCGAGAAAAGUGGAGAUUUUAAAGGACAUACUAACAGAAACAAGAGAUGAUCUGUGUUGGGAACGUUUGGAAAUAAUUGAUGCAGCCCAAUGGCUUGGCAUUGACAACCAGUUCGAAGAAGAGAUUGAAGAUGUUCUUAAGAGGCAAUAUGAUUUGAUAAAUGCAUAUCGUUUUGAUGGAGACAUGGAUCUUCACAAAGCUGCCCUCCUUUUUCGACUUUUGAGACAACAACGAUACCUUAUAUCUCAAGGAUGAGAAACAAAUGGGGCGCGACGGAUCCUAUGCAGAAUACUACAUGAAGGAGCAUCCAGGCAUUUCCUAUGAAGCAACACAGCAACAUAUUCAGAAGAAGAUUUCUGAAGCAUGGAAGACUCUGAAUACAGAACAUCUCUUUUCUAAUAUCUUCCCCACCAGUUUCACUCAGGCUUCUCUCAAUAUUGCUAGAGCUGUUCCUUUGGCGUAUAACUAUGGUAGAAACCAAUCUAUCAUGACAGUCGAGAAGCUUAUGGAACAAUAUUGCUAAUAUUUCAUAAUGUGGGAUAUAAAUAAUGUGGAUUGGAUGAUUCAUUGUUAUAUAUAUUAUUUUGUGUGUUAUGAUGGGAAGUAAAGCGAAAAGUUCUUUCCCUAAUAGUACUUUAUAAUGACAUGGCUGCUUUCAGUAUACUUUUAGAAUCAAGCAUAGAGUUCUAUUAUAGCGUGGUUGAUAUAUUAUAUCUUGUUGAUAAAUAUUUUGAUAAUAAUAUCUUUGCUGA